AUGGCGACAGGACCCGCGACCCAGUCUCUGAAGUGUGUGGUGACAGGUGACGGUGCUGUUGGUAAAACAUGUCUCCUGAUUUCCUAUACAACAAACGCCUUCCCCGGUGAAUAUAUACCUACCGUAUUCGACAACUAUACUGCUAGUGUGAUGGUAGAUGGCAGACCGAUCAGCCUAGGACUCUGGGAUACUGCUGGACAGGAAGAUUACGAUCGCCUUCGCCCGUUGUCCUACCCGCAAACCGAUGUCUUCCUCAUUUGCUUUUCCAUCGUCAGCCCUCCCUCGUUUGACAACGUGAGAGCUAAGUGGUUCCCCGAAAUCGAACACCAUGCUCCCAACGUACCGAUCAUCCUUGUUGGUACUAAGCUCGACCUGAGGGACGACCGGGGAACCCUGGAAACCCUGCGCCAGAGGAAGAUGGAGCCCGUCUCCUAUGAACAGGCUCUGGCCGUAGCCAAGGAAAUCCGAGCACACAAGUAUCUAGAGUGCUCCGCUCUCACACAGCGUAACUUGAAGAGUGUAUUCGAUGAGGCUAUUCGUGCUGUCCUCAACCCCCGGCCUACGGCGAAACCGAAGAACAAGAAAUGUGUCAUUCUGUAG